AUGCUAGUCAUACAAGCCAAACGUUCCAACCCGUUGCGUGCCCGUAACUGGGUUUCUUCAAUUUCACUUGAACUUCUAGUCUUUGCUUAUUUGAAGUUAGCCAACGAUGUCGAAAACCAGUUUACAUUCCCACUUUUUAUAAAUUUUCUUGUAAUCUCCAUUCUUAUCUGUUUCUGCGUAUUUUGCUGUGUGUACGUGGAGAAAUGGAACGAAAUUAAUUACAAGUGUUUUUUGACAACUGCACUGCUUCAGAUCUCGUUGCACUGUUUGUACGGACAGCGACUUAUUGAUGCUAGUGAAAGUAUUGCCGAAGCAGUGUACUGUAGUGGAUGGUACACUACGCCGAAAAAAAUAAAAACGUCUUUAAUAAUUUUACUCUACCGCGCUCAAAAGGGGGUAUGUGUAACAACGUACGGAUUUUCGAUAGUUUGUUUAUCAAGCUAUGCCACGGUAAUUUGUUUGAAACUAAUUUAA